AUGGUAUAUGAAGUCCGGGUAUUCGCCGAGACACUCGCGAAGUUCCGCGUCUGGAAGAUGGCUCAGCUCGUGGAAGAGCUCGAGAUCGAAGCCGGGCGGCGGCGAGGCACGCGAGUCGCUCGCGCACCCCGCGCCCGAACCCGCACCGCCCUCCGCCGUGAUCCACCCGCCCGCCGGACAUCAGCCCGCCCGCCCACACUACCACUCUCCUCACUUUACAGUUUUCCACAACCAAUUAAAAAUCUGUCCGCCGGCAACCAAACUCUCCGUUCAACUGAUUUAACAUCACUUCACACACUAAUAUUUAAGUUGACGCCAUAA